GAGCAAACAAUGCCACUUAAAUCAAUUACAGCGAAACCCAACGAGCGUUCACCAUCGCCAAUCAUUCCGCCCUACGCUAAUUUCGAAUUAGCUAAGCGCAUGCAUCAUGACAAUUUGGACCAUCAGCCGUUGCCGGAUUGUGUGGUGGACAUGGCAUUUCGCAAGCGCCAAAUUACUGGUGAGCAUCCCGGCUUAGCGCUGGAUAUUGCUCCGUUUGCCACGGGCGUUGGCAUAAGAACGCAUAAUGCUGGCCCCACACAUUGUACGAAACUGAAGGUAUUUCGACCACGCACGUGUGGCGUCGUGCCCAAAGCUUUUGCUGGUGACUUAUCACGUGCGAUUUCCUCAGCGCAGCCGGAUAAACCAAUGACAGCUAUGGAUUUGGCCAUUGGUUGGGAUUAUAGACCCAGCAAUCCAGCGGAUGAACCGCGUCGGCCACCACAUAUUGACGGUACGGACGAUACCGCCGGUCCUGCUGUGUUCAAUUACGUAAAAACACCGCGCGAUGAGCCCGCCACAGAUUUAGGACGCUCGGCCGGUGUAUUCAAUAGUACGCUCGGCGAAACGGGCUUUUUCGAUAAGGAUAUAAUGCGCCGCAAAUCAGAUUUUGGCGGUCGCGCAAUUGAACGCGACACGGACUGUCCCUGCAGCACCGAAGACUGUAUGGUACGCGCGCCACCGCCACGUGUGCAUAGUGUAACUCGUGAUUGUGCGAUGCCUUCAAAUCGGUUGAGCAAGCAUUAUCAAUCUUCACCUAACAUCAUGGCUGAGGGAUACCGUGCAUUGCGUCAAAAAUAUCUCGGCGGCAGCGGUGGCAGUAUAGCAGCUUCAUGUGAGGCUCUUGUACCCGAACGUGGCUGUAGACGUUCGAAACAAAAUAUCGGUGCGCCAGGUUUCCUAAGCCGCGCGCGUUCAAGACUAUGCCACAAGGUUGCACCCGAACCACCGCGCUGUUACCACGCAGCGCCGCCGCGUGCCAUCUGUAAAGCACCAUUUCGUGUUGGUGUGCCCAAAUACAAUGCAGCCGGGCACUUUAUUAGCACGGACAGCGGCUGCAGUUUGGAAUCACAUAAUGCCAGUCGUGUGCUGGUGGUGCCGCGUCAACGUGAUCCCUAUGCAAAACGGAAUUACGAUAUUGAUACGUUGGUGCCACCGUUUCGUUGUUUUGGCGGUGGCGCCGGAGAGGGCGGCUACCCAGAGCAUUGGCGCUUGGCCAGCGUAUAUCAACAUGCUUAUAAACCGCUCGAGCAGCGACGCAGGCCGCUACUACAAACAGUUUACAAGUAA